CCGUUACCAGUAAUCAGAGAACACAUCUGACGCUCAGCUGGACUACCACAUUUGACAGGGGAAAAAGCAGAGGAAUAUCUGGCAAAGUGGUAGCAAGCAGAGAGGUUGAAAGAAAAAAACAGAGAAGCAGCUGGAGAGAGUGUGUCAGGUGGACAAAUACAAAGAGACAGUGAGUUUUACAGGAGCUGAGCAGAGCAGAGGAAGAGGAUUUAUCUGUACUUUAACACAUGCACUGGACUCAAAAACAGCCCGGUGCCAGGUUUUCUUAUGGCAUGUUGAUGUUACAGUAACCAGAGAGACGGAGGGAGGUGAAACUCACUAGGAGUUCCCAGGAUGGAAGGAAGAAGAAGCACGUGAGCCGUCUGAUCACUAUGAGGGACUGGAACGUUUGCUUCACACGGCGGAGAACGUUCAGUGACCGAACACCCAGACUGACGAAGAACCUGACAAAGGCCUACUGGACUUGACAGCAUCAAAAAGAGAAGCCAGUCGGCAGGAGAAGGAGGAGGGAAAGAGGACAGAUGAGGUGAGACAGAAGACAGGAGAUUAUGCCAAGGAUAAGAAAGAAGACUUCACAGAUGAAAGGAGGUGAGAAGUGAGAGUCAAAUGAGAAGUCGAGCUAGAGAAUUGAAGAAGGCUGAGAUGAAAUCUGAUAUUAGAUUCUGAUAUUAGACAUCCUCUAAUAUCAGAAAGAGAACAUCAGACAGAGGAAGAUACAGCUCCAGGGGAGUAGAAGUCUAGAGGGCAGUCAGUGUUCAGACAGAAAUAACUAGUUGUCGCAAUGUUCAUGAACUUCCGUCGUAUCCACAAGUGCCAGUGUGUGCAGCUGCUGACCACAGGCCUGGUGCUGUGUAUGGUGAUGGUGUGUUGGGAGGAGCUGGACCACCACGUAGUCAGCCACAUGAGGUCUUAUACGUACCGCUACCUGGUCAACCGCUACGACUUCCUCAAUUCUUCCUUCACCGUCUCCUCCAAGCAUCACCACAGAAAUGAUGGUUCUGGCAGUGUGGAUGGUGGAUUAGGGAACUAUCCAUACCUCAUUAACCACCCAAGUAAAUGUAGAGGAAGCCAUGGUGAUGGAAAAAGCUGGGAUGACGUCCUCCUGCUUCUGUUUGUGAAAUCAUCGCCGGAGAACUUCGAGCGGCGGCAGGCCAUCAGGGACACGUGGGGGAACGAGAGCUUUGUUUGGUCAGAACUGGGGGAGAGCGUGAGGGUGGUGUUUGCCCUCGGCACGCACCCGGAUGUCAGUCAGAGGUCCAGGGUGCAGACCGCACUGCUGAAGGAGGACCAGGCCUAUGGAGACCUGAUCCAGCAGAACUUUGUGGACACUUUCCAUAACCUGACUACCAAACUGAUCCUGCAGUUCCACUGGGGCCACAGGUACUGUCCUCAGGCACGCUUCCUCAUGUCUGCGGAUGACGAUAUCUUCGUCCACAUGCCCAAUUUAGUGAGGUACCUGCAGCAGCUCAUGAGCAGUCCAUCAGGGGGUAAAGACCUGUGGGUGGGGCACGUACACAGAGGAGCCCCUCCAGUUCGCCGUAAGGGCAGCAAGUAUCACGUUCCGUAUAAUCUGUACCCCUGGCCUUCCUACCCAGACUACACUGCUGGAGCAGGGUACGUGGUUUCAGGGGACGUGGCUGCUAAGAUCUACCAUGCAACUCUGGUGCUUAACUCCUCCAUGUACAUCGACGAUGUAUUCAUGGGGAUUUGUGCCAAGGCCAUGGGGGUUUCUCCCCAGGAGCACGUAUACUUUUCAGGGGAAGGCAAGGCUCCUUACCACCCCUGCAUCUAUGAUCAUAUGAUCACAUCACAUGGUCAUGCCACUGACGUGCGCUCACUAUGGCAGGCAGCAGUGUACGGCAGCUACAGAGGACAUAUGGGUGAUCUGUACUGCAGGGCAGUGAGAGUGAUGCUGCUGUGUCUGCCAUAUUACCACAACACAUACUCCUGUAUGGCUGCUUUUUCAUGAAUGGUCUUUAAAUGAUGCGAGGACCACUGAAUGCUAAAUGUACCACACAAACAAAUGACAGUACCUCACACACACACACACAGACCUGUUGUAUUUCUUGUUUGCUGGCUAUACUGUGUGUUUGCUAUCUUCCAAUAAAGAUCA